UUGCUCUGUACGCAUGUGGAAGAUAUGAAUAGAGACAACAAAUUUCUUGUUGUCGACCUUAUACGAUAGAAGGAAAGGUUUCGACUCGACUCUAGUGGCAUAUUAUUAUUCAAAUUUUUUCAAUUGGUCAUUCCACGAAAAUAAUUUUUUGUAUUUUCUUGUAACACACAUUGUGUCAGGAAUAGAUUUUAUGUUCAUCAAAUUCUACUUGUUUCAGAAGUAUUUAGUGUCACUUGACCCAACUGUGUGUCUACAAAUUUAGCAAAAUUGACGUUAAAAGUGAUAAUUUGAUGGAUAAAUAGAAACGAGAUAUUUUUUUCAAAAUGUAACCGUAUGUGUUUAAAAGUUAAGGAGCUGUACGAGGGAUUUCCUUACUUAUCUGCUGUAUUUUCGACUGCAUUAAAUUUACCAAACAUGUCAUUCGAAGGGAAAUAUAACGCUAAAAGCCCAGGUAAGUUUCAGGUUGUCCUAUGGGAUCCUCAUUACCCCCAAUUGUUUCGAAUUUAGUAAUGGAAGAUAUAGAAAAAAGGGCUCUUGAUAAUUUAACUUUCACUCUUAUUCUUUAUAAAAGCUGUUAAGAGAUUGAUGCGAGAAGCACAAGAACUUCGCGAACAUACCGAAGAAUAUUGUGCUUAUCCCCUAGAAGACAAUCUCUUUGAGUGGCACUUCACCAUGCAAGGACCACCUUCUACUGAUUUUGAAGGUGGAAUUUAUCAUGGAAGAAUUUUGUUGCCUCCAGAAUAUCCCAUGAAGCCACCGAAUAUUAUUUUACUGACUCCCAACGGUCGAUUUGAAAUCAAUAAAAAAAUAUGCUUAAGCAUCUCCGGUCACCAUCCUGAGACAUGGCAGCCAUCUUGGAGCAUAAGAACGGCUUUACUCGCUCUCAUCGCUUUUAUGCCAACUCCUGGAAAUGGAACGAUAGGCUCUUUAGAUUAUGAUACGGAAGAAAGACAAAAACUUGCUAAAAGGUCACUCAACUGGCAUUGCGAUAUUUGCGGCAGAAUAAUGAAUUUAUUAUCAAAAGAUGUAGCGAAAAAGCCAAUUACAGAAGAGGAACAAGACAUGUUGAACACAAUUGCUCUAAAGGCCGAGGAAACGGUAACAAUGGAUAAUUUUACACCUGAGCCAGAAAGUGGGCUAAGGCAACGUAAUUUCGAAUUUCAGAACGAGUUUAAUGAGCAGCAGCCUGAAAUUAUUUUAAAUGAUGAAGUAGAGACACUGUCCUCUUCAAAUGAUUUAUUUUGGAGCAUACUUAUUGCUUCUCUACUUUCUGGGAUCAUUCUACUCGUUUUACGACGAUUGUUUUUUGUCUAAACUAUCUAAAGCAAUAUUGUCGCGAUUAGAGUAAAGAGGGGUAUUACCGACACGAACUAUCAAGUCAUAGCAUAUGUAACCGCAUCUAAUUUAAACCGUUAAAAUGUAGAUAAUUGAAUUUAUUUACGAAAAAAUAUCGUUCAUUGAGUAUGUAUCGGCAAUACCCCUACAUUAUUUAAUCGCAAAAUUUUAUAUACGUUUAUCAAUGUGUGCAAAAUUUUAAGAACUUAGAUGACCCAUUUUUAUUUAUACUAAAUUGCGAUCUGUACAAGUCAACCAUGAAGGUAUAAUAUUCCAAAAGCAUUGAAACAGAAAUGUAUUUUCUAUUCCCUUUCGUGUUUAGUUGUGUGUUUCUUUUUAAACAGGAGUGUUACUAUUCAGUAGUGCAGAGUGACAUGCUAACAUUAAUAAAAUGAAUUUAGUGUUGUGAAC